GUUGUGAUUGGGACUCUAGUUUAUUCCAGCUUCCUUUAGUUCCGACAUUGGUCCUUUUAAAUCGUCAAUAUUGGGCAGGAAUAGAGGUCAAAGCAUUAGCAAAAUCUAUGUGACGAAGUAGAAGAAUAUCAGUAUUAUGUUGAACAGUAACAUAUUUUCAACCCAUCCGGACCAGCCUCUGAAGCUGACAUACGAUUCUUCCAAAGGCGAAUAAAAUCCGCUAGCUUGCUCUGAGUGAAGCGACGCGAUACAGUUACGAUAUUGUAAUUUCAGAAUACAGCCACGUCGGUAUGCUCUGAGAAUACCUUGAUGCACGUGCACCGUGCAGAACGGUGGAGAAAUAACUCCUCGUCGCGCUCAAAGCCUCUUCGUACGCUCCGUCGAUUUUAUCAUCGAACUCUGUGAUUUCGUUCCGCGAGCGUUGCUGGCGGGUUUUUGCUGAAAUCGAUCAUCCGUACAGUCGGCAUUUUCGCCGAGCAUCGCCUUCAGGAUACUCCCAGGCUUUCCGGAAACGUCACGCGGUUCGCUACACCUUCGCGCGAUCUGCAUAGACAGUUGCUUUUCCACGCCCUGAUAAGAUCAUUGCCUCUGAUCGAGAUUGCUGCGUAAUUUUACGCUGUCAGUCUAACCGAGAGACCUCCUACCCUCGCGUGAUUUCUCCCCACGUUGGUGUGGCUGGACCUGGGGAGCUGGUAGCGAAGUAAUUAGCUACGACAGCCUGGAGCUAAUCACUUUCAGGGACUCUUUUCUUCCUGAAGCGUUUCAUAAAAUUCCACAUUGCCGACAGUACGAUUUUCCUUAUCGAUCGAGUGUUCAGCAUUACCCACUCAUAAAAGAAAACAAAACAAAGUUGCCACCGGCUUCUGCCUUUUUCAAAUUUCAAAAUUGUCUAAGGGCUCCUGAUUUAUACAACGCUACAGGAAUGUCGCGCUUUAACGACGGUGCUUAAACACGUACGCUGAGGAUGCAUGGUCAGUUUGACGAACGACAUAGUAACUGCCAGCUACGUGCACGGUGAGUGCAAGGAACACGCCUACUGUCUCGUUCAUUUGCCACUUGCUAAUCCACGGGAUACCCGGGACACCUCGUCGAGCGACAAACGCGCCAGGAACAGUGUUAACGGACGUCGCCGACUCCGUAUGCUUUCAAGGCCGAAGGGAGUAAUGCAUACGACGAAGAGAAAGAAGCGGAAGAACCGAUAGUACCAGAGAAGACAGCCUCAGGGGACCGACAAUGGGACUUUUUAAUCCUGCGAAAGUACUUCUGCUCGUGGUUCUGAUACGAGCCGAGCUUGGCUAUGUUGGCGCCGCUUCGAUGGAUCGAGCCAGAAACACGUCUGAUAGAUUCACAUCUACCACUACUUUGACAGUGAAUAUUAGGGACGACGAUGAUCAAGAUCCCUCCUUCAUCUACCAAGGGUGCAUGCUUUCGGACGGUGCCUGUAUUAACCCUGAAUAUUCAGCAUCGGUAUCCAGUGGAGUGUUGUCAGGGAUACUCAAUAUAUCGCCGGAGAAAAUACAGGCGGUGGAUAUGGACAGCAUCAACGCGCCCAUUCAUUACUCAUUCCUCAGUGGCAGUCCACCUAAUUAUCGCGAAUUCUUCGAAAUAAAUCCAAGCACUGGCGCCGUGAAGCAAAUUAAGGCUGUCGACACCACGGUCACGAAGAAGUUCGAUAUUAUCAUUAAGGCCGUCGAGGUAUCUGAGGCGAAACGAUCGGCCACAGCUAAAUUGACUAUUACCGUGAAGCCAGUCGACAGCAAUCCUCCAAUUAUAACGGCGUCGAACGUAGAGGGUUUCGUCGAUGAGAACGCUCCGAUCGGAACAAAGGUUAUCGACAAAAAUGGCGAUCCCAUAGUGCUCACCGUUUCAGACGCUGAUUUGAGCCCCGAGGAUCCAAAGCCAGUGUACACCUUCGAGCUGACCACGAACUUCUUCGCGAUCGACCCGUCCGGAAUGUUGAUCGUGAACGAGGAGAAUCUGGACCGAGAUCCUCCCAGCCCUGGACGUUUCCGGUUUCAAGUGGUCGCCAGGGAAAAAACGGGGGUCGCUGCGUCCACGCCAUUAUCCUUCGUUGUGACUUUGAACGACGUCAACGAUAACGCUCCUACGCUCCCUAUGACAGCGCCAAUCACCGUCCAAGCUGGAGAAACGAAGAGGGUGGUAACGAAGGUGGAAGCGACGGACAAUGACAACGGGGAGAAUGCUGAAAUAACGUACAGUAUUUACCACGUAUCGAACAACGGCUUGCAAAAAUUCAAAAUCGAUCCCAUCACCGGCGUGAUCGAGUCCGUGAGGAAAUUGAACGCUGGUGAACAGUACAGCAUCACGGUCCAAGCGACGGACAAAGGCGGGAAAUAUUCGCAAACGAUAGUCGAGGUGAACGUGAUCCCUGGACCCAAUACAAGGAGUCCCGUGUUCCAACAAUCGGUGUACGAAGUGCAGGUCAGCGAGGGAGCUUCGAUUAAUUCAACAGUCGCAACAAUUACUGCGAUCGAUCCAGAGAACGACCCGGUCUCCUACUCAAUUGUUUCUGGCAACGAUCUACGCCAAUUCGCGAUCGGCGAUAAAUCUGGCGUGAUCACCGUUAUAAGGAAGUUAGACAGGGAGGACCUGACUCGUUAUCAGCUGCUGAUAAAGGCCGAAGAUUCCGGUGGUCUGUUCAACACGGCGACGGUGAACAUCAAGGUGACUGACAUCAACGACAAAAAUCCGGAAUUCGUGGACCUGCCGUACGAGUUCACCGUGAAGGAGGGUGAGGCCCGUAAAUUGAUCGGUCGUGUCCACGCGGAAGAUGCCGACGAAGGCGUCAACGCCGAAAUUACGUACUUCGCACCCGACGAUAUUCCUUUUACUGUGGAUCCCGAAACUGGCGAUGUCCUGACGAAGAUUGUUCUGGACUACGAGCAGAAUGACGAAUAUAAAUUCGUGGUAACCGCGAGAGACGGUGCUCCAGAUCAUCGUCUAGCCACUGCAACCGUGACGGUGAAAGUCGUAGACGUCGAGGAUGAGAUUCCCGUUUUCCAUCAAAGCAGCUACGAAGCACGAGUUAAGGAAAAUGUGCCAGAUUACACUGUUAUUCAAGUGGCGGCCGAUGAUCCAGACACAAAGAAGCACAUUACAUACACGAUCAAACAAGGAGACACUGAACUGUUUGGCAUAGACCCGAAAACUGGAGUGAUUAAAACUCUUCGUGGGUUGGACUACGAGAGGGAGAGCCAACACAUUCUCAUCGUUGGGACCGAGGAAAACACUAGUGAUUUACCUGGAUCCACCACCAAAGUUAUCGUCAAUGUUCAGGACGUUAACGACAUUCCGCCAGUGUUCACGUCAGUUCCUCGUCCGAUUACUUUGGACGACGACGUUCCCAUCGGCACGACGGUCAUCAAUCUCAUAGCAACAGAUUCCGAUGGCACGGCUCCUGGAAAUCAAGUGAGAUAUGAAAUAAUCGGCCGUGGGAUAGCGAGCAAGUACUUCCUGAUCGAUCCAGACUCCGGUGUGCUCAGAAUAAGGGACGAUUUACGUAAAGAAACGGACACGGAAUAUCAGGUGGACGUGCGCGCGUACGAUAUGGGAGAGCCGCAAUUGUCGUCCGUCACGACAGUACCGAUUUACGUCCGCCAUGUUGCCACCGUGCCGCCAGAAAUUGGCCUGGGCUUCGCGGAGAACUCGUACAACGUCGAAGUACCCGAAGACGCGAGCGACAACACGCUCAUCAAGAUAAUCACGAUCAUUAACAGCCACGCGCACGACACUACUCCGCUGAAAUGCGAAAUCUAUAAUGGUAACGAGGAUGGAUUGUUCGAGGCGAACGUCACGGAAGAGAGGAACUGCGCGCUGACAUUGAAGAAGGGGGCCCUGGACUACGAGACAACGGAGUCCUAUCAAAUCAAGAUCAAGCUGGAGUCUCUGUCUGGUCUUCUGAAUUCUGGGAGAAACACAACCAUGGUGAAGAUCCAAGUGUUGGACGUGAACGACAACAAGCCAGAGUUCAUCUUUCCAGAGAGCAAUAAAAAGCUGACGAGGGGACGUUACUUCGCCGCCAUUCCUCGAACGGCUCAGUUUGCAUCCACGGUGAUACAAGUGAAGGCUCACGACAAGGACAGCGGGAAAUACGGGAAACUCGAGUACAAAAUUCAUGGAGGACGAGGCUUCGAACACUUCGCCAUGGACAGCUCCUUAGGAAUAAUAACAACCACCGCGACGUUCGACAAUAUAGAUCCGUCGGAACUUCCAUUCAAGUUCGACGUGCGAGUACGUGACAAUCCUAAUUCGACUGAUAACUUUAACUUGAUCGUCGCCCCAGUUAUCGUGAACUUGAUCGGAGAGGAGAAUUUGAUGAUCUUGGUGAUCACGGACGCAACUCCCGAUGCCUUGCGGACGGACGCUGAUAAAAUAGCGAGCAUCAUUGAGGAGAAGAGUGGGCUUCUGAUAGGCAUCGGCAAAAUUGCUGUUAGGACAAAUUUGUCGAGGAAUGGCUCCAAAGAACAGUACCCUCAGGACUCUGACGUUUGGUUCUAUGCGGUUGAUCCCGACACUGAAAUUAUUUUGGACAGGAACAACUCGAGGAUACAAAAGUCGAUCAUGGAGAAGCCAGCAAUGACGAACAUCACUUUCGACGUAUCCACAUUGGUUCGCGCCACCGCGAUCGACAUUCAUGCACCUGUUAUACCACCUGAACCAGUGCGAACGCAGACUGCCAUCGCUUUCAGUGGUGAAGUGUUUCCAUACGCGUUGAUAAUCAUCGCCUGCGUCAUAUUGAUUUUAGGCAUCGCUGGCAUCAUCUAUAUCUGCGUCUCCUGGUCCAGAUACAAAGCUUACAAGGAAAGAAUGCAGCGUAUGUACGUUGUGCCUCGUUACGAUCCCGUGUACGUGGAGCCGAAUCUGAAAGAGUAUGAGACGCAGGUGCUUCAAAUGAGUGUGCCUGUGGACGACAACGACAGCUACAACGAUCUCCAGCUCGAUUUCAGUAACAAGAACCACGCGUUUAGCUUGGACAAUGUCAGUUACAUUACCAAAGAUCACGGAGAAAGUACUGGUCAACAGAGUCCGGUGAGUUCCGAGGCGGCGACCACGGCGCGUGCUUCCAGCAUAGUUGGUACCCACGGAGACACAAACAUCCACUCCCUGCGUCGAUCCACCCUGGGCAGAAAGAACCACAGCGCGAGCAACGCAAAUACGUUGAGCAAUCACGACGCGACGCCAGUCUUGAACCCACUUUACAACCGUGGCGGCGACCUGCUGAGUCCCAGCCCGUCGAACGACAACGUGACGUUCAGGGAAAGGAAGGAUUACUCUCAUCUGGGAUUCACGUACUUGGGCGAACAGAGUCCGGUGGAAACUACCACGGAAUUGUAAACAGAACCGGAUACGAAGUUGGUAUUUGAUGCUCAACCUCGGAACCCCGUCACGGAGUUUCCCCGCCUGAGCGUGGUUUUGUUUGUACCAUAACAAAGAACCCUUCAGUGGCUCGUGAUGUGUAAUUCGUGGAACUGACUCAACGUAUUGACGGUGGAUCUCGUGCAUCGAUAUAUAGCGCAUCGAUAGAGACAUUAUCGAUCUAGCCGUCCAUGGUACCCGAUUCGAAGUGAUGUAGCUGGAUGGAUAACGUGAUGAGACUGUAGGGGUACCUGAGGUACGGUGGAAAGUCGAUUAUUGCGGGAAAAUGGGGCUAAAGGCUCCUGCAAUGCUCGAGGUUCGUGCAAUAAUUAGGAUAACUAAUCCAAUGAGAAGGGCUCCCAUCUAUAUCGUAUCUCUACUGCCUGUAGGCGCUUCUACCAAUUACUUACAUCCUCCAUCUUUGCAUGCUAAGUGACCAACCACUUCGAUCGAGGAUCUAUUGCGGUGUAUAAUUUGGGCAGUGGUCCCCCUCAGGUCUCAUAUUCUCAGAAGUCGUAGUACCUUCCGCUCGUGAGCAUGAUUUUUCCCCGGGUAGAUGACUAGGAAUCACCCCCCGCCCUUACUUUGUUCCUUUAGCAUCGAUCGAUGGGUUGAAUUUUGCGUAUUAUUGCAAUGGUUGUACGAAUAUUAACAACUUGUAUUAAAUAUACCGCAGAGGGCCAUUUUUCAGUCCAGCAAGGAAUUUUUAAAGUCAAGCAGGUCUCUAUACAAACUUUGCUAAUAAAAUCUACGAUUAAAAAUAAGAAAUAUAGAAAGCCAAAUAUAUUUUCAGACAGCUACCCCUACUAUUCGAAAUGAAUCAAUGCCACGAGUUAUUUUCAAACGACCCAACAGGAAAUGAAAGACUGAAAUGUUAUUCGAAAUGCUUAUUUUCGUCCGAAAUAAAGUUUGCUCAAAACUCGAUUCGCGCGAAACCAAACCACUCAACGGUAUGCGAAAUAUCGAUCGGUGGGAAAAGGAACCCCGAGCGUAUGAAAAGUAAUGACCCAAUUCGGUUUCUUACUAGCGGGAGUUAUUAUACAUUUUUGAGAUCCAUACCGUGCGAAAUUGCUCGUUUCUCGCGCAGUUUAUCCGUCGAAACGCGUAAUAACGAAGCCGAGGGCGGAUAGAAUUGCGAUUCUAAACAAUUACAAGAUUCGUUCCGCGCGACGUACUUUGAAUCGACUUGUCCCGAUGAAUACGCCCGCCGCGUGUGCGCGCCGCGACCGAAACGAGGUCGCGAGUAUUUUGCUCGCAUGACGAACAAAAAGCCUGCGUUUCUUUCUGUGCGCUAGAAACGCCCCAAAAGGCAUUUGCCGUUGCAUGUGGAACUGGGACUACUCGAACAAUUUAAUACUCCAGUAUUUUACUCGUAUUCGAAUGUUGAGAAUAAGCUUCGAAUAAUCGAGUAUUCGAGCAUCAUUAUUAUUAUAUUUGAGUCUUCAAAUAUCAAUAAUAUAAUAUUUGAAAGAUCGAGAACCAUUAUUUUAAUAUACGAGUAAACUCCAAUAUCAUUAUUAUUUUAAUAUUUGAGAAUUCGAAUAUCAGUAUUUGAAUAUGUGAAUAAUUGAGUAUCGAAUACAUUAAUAUUUGAGCGUCUCAAUAACAUUAUAUGAAUGUUUAAGCAAUGGAAUGUUAUUAUUCCAAUGUUUGACUAAUCGAGUACUAUUAUUACAUUCCUCGAGUACUCGAAAACCAAAUAAAAAUAAAAUUUCAAAGAAAAACAUCAAAUUAAAAGAACUUAAUUUAUAAUCCACCAAUAUUUAGAUUCUCUUUCACUGCGCAAAGUUGGAUGCGGAAGUGAAUAUUUGAAUCGCUGAAACUCGCGACUAGUCUCAGCCUCAUUUGCAAGUAGAACGCUAGAAAUAAUAUUUGUUAUAAUGCAAAUCGAGUAUAUAACGAGGUAGAGAACGUUGUUUCUCGAAACCUCGGAACAGACUGUACAACAAAAUCGCCAUCGAUUUUACGACACAACGACUUUAAAUGUGAGUUAUACUAUUUUGCUCGGAUGCAACGUGCCUGACUAUGCAACGUUGUCCGUUAGGUUGUCGAAUAUAAUUUAAUGAUGUAAUUAACGAAACCGAGAUCCCCACUCAAGCGACUUUUAUAUUAUAUCUAUAGCGUGAAAUAUUUUAUUAUCCCCGUCCCAAGAUGUUUUCGUCGAUAUUUCUUGCUUGUUACGCGAUGAAUCUCUUACUUCCGAAAUGGUAUCAUCCAAUGUAUUCUUUUUUUUUUUUUUUUUUGUAAAAUUGUGGAUCAUGUUACAAGGCCUCAGGAGGUUAUUUAGAGACUUAAUUGGUAAAAAGGAAAGAUAUAAAAAUAUGAAAAAACUUACUAAAAUCACUUGCACAUUACUAUUUAGUUUUCGAACCAACCAUAUCAGGUUAUAUGCAACAGUAUAACAAGCAACCCCUGCGUUUCUUCAGUCUAUAGAUUAAGCAAAGAAUCUAGCGUAUUUUGUACAUGGUAUCGAAACAUAAAAUUAAAAAUAUCCGGUUAUAAUUGCUUCAGAAACUUUGGCCAUGUUUGAUAACUGAAACACAAUCACAUCGCACCAUUUGAAUAUAAUAAUAUCUGAAUAAUAUUUAUAUUCAAAUGGUAAUUAUUAUUACCAGUGAGCGUACCGUCCAUCGUAGCUGUAAGGAAUUGAUAAAACCGUAGAUCUAUAAGAGACGCGUUUGAAUACAUGUGUGUGUGUCGUGUGUGUGUAUUAUGUAAAUGUCAUCGGCCCGUGAACUUAUUUUAUAUAUGUAUAUGUAUGAGAAACCUACGUAAAAACCAUUGUAUAAUAAUAUCGUUCUAUUUAUAACUGUUCGGUUGCUCAUAUUAUUUGAUUACUUUUAACGGUGUUCAACCGAUGGUACGCGUCGUUGUUUGCGUCCACGUCGGUACGAAGCCUCCCUUUAACAAUGCACGUAUCAGUUUUCCGCGCCCUCUCGAUCAGGCGUGGGCGUUUCAUAAUUUUUUUCUUUCUUGCGGCUCCGAAAAUUCAACUGCAGCCGACAGCUAGCGGUGGCGCCAGUAGGAAAAUGUGAUUCAACGGACUGUGUUCUUGAGUGAUCCUUUGAGGUGGUUACCGCUCGGUUAACUUUCACUGCUUUAACCCUUUGCACCCCGAAACAAUCAGGCUAUGCGUUGGUAGUAAUGCCUGAGGAAACUUCAAAUUUGUGUUGAUCAAAAAUAAGCAUAGGUGAAUCGCAAAGGGUUAAAAUGGUUGAGUUGUGAAAUGAAGUAUCGCUAGACGUAGAAUGAGUCGAGCGUAUUUCAAGUGUAUUCUAGUUGAAUCAAAUUGAAUUGGUUGCUCGAUGCCGUUUCUGAUUGAAGAAAUAAUUUAAAAAAAAUACACAAAAAGUAAUCGUUUUAGAAAGCUUUGACUUUGACUGUACGAACUUCAGGAAGACAAUGAAUUGGCUUGAGUGCUCCUUUUUUUUUGAUCCAACUAUAGGAACUGUAAGUUUAACGACAUUGUACUUAACGCGAUAAUCGAAUAUAUAUUAAUUUCACCUUUUUUUUUUAAAAAAUGUAAAAAUAUCGUUAAAUCGUCUACAUGCAUGCGAUAUGCUAAUAUAAAUUGACCAUAAAAAUGCCAAACUGAAUGGAUGAAAUAUAUUCUAACCGCGUGGUAAGCGUUCAAGAUACGUACUGAUGAGUCUGGUAUUUGAUCAUUUGUACUUAAUUUAGGUGGUAAUGUAACCCACGUGCGUCGCCAGUCCGUCGACUGGAGCGUUAACAUCUACUCAUUAGUUGUGUAUUGUUUAAGAUGAACGAGAUACGAGUGCUGUAAAAAUUGUUAAUAUCUAAUAAAUCUAUUAUAUUUAAAUA